CAGUCACCAACCCACCGCAGUGAUGAACAUUUACCCGCAGCAGACGUACGAGGUCGACGCUGGCCGGUCGAUCGGCCACGCCAACCCGGCCAUUGACCGCGCGUGCAAGGAGAUCCAAGCCGCGUCCGCCGGCCUCGGAACGAACGAAGCCAAGCUCAGCACGGUUCUUGGCAACAAGUCACCCGUCGAGCGCUGCCUGGUGCACCUUCGGUACCCCGAGCUGUACCACAAGUCGCUCCUCUCCGAGAUGGCGUCCGAGACGUCGGGCAACUACGGCAAGCUGUUGCAGCUCCUUUCGCAGCCAAUCGAGGAGGCCGAAGCCAUGAUUCUCCGGGAUGCGACCAAGGGCGCGGGCACGACCGAGAAGCUGUUGAUUCCUGUCCUCAGCGGUCGCUCCAACGUCGAGCUCAACAUCCUCAAGAAAGCCUUCUUCAAGCUCUACCAGACCGACCUCGUUGUCGCCAUCAACGACGACGUGAGCGGCGACCUCAAGACGUUUUACCUUGCGGCGCUCAACCAAAUGUCGCAGGCGUACAACCCGAGCAUCCACACGCCGGCCAAGGCCGCCGAGAUUGCCGAGACCAUCUUCAAGGCCGGCGAGGGCAAGUGGGGCACAGAUGAAAGUGGCUUCUCGAAUGCUAUCUGCUCGAUCCCGCCGCAGUUCGUCGCGACCGUCGACGCCGCCUACGCCGCAAAGCACUCUCAUGGGCUUGUGCACGCGAUCCAAAAAGAAUUUGGCGGCAAAGCCGAAGACGGGUUGGUGUACCACGUCAACAUCAUCUUGCACCCGAUCGAGACGGUCGCCGAGCAGAUUGAGAGCACGAUGAAGGGCAUGGGCACGGACGAGUAUGGCCUCUCGGCGGCCAUGGUGCGCUACCAGCACCUCCUCUCCCAGGUCAAGCCAGUGUACCAGGCCAAGUACGGCAAAUCCCUUCGAGACCGCAUCAACGGCGAGACGAGUGGCGACUACCGCGCGCUUCUCCUCACGCUUCUCGACCAUGCGAUCUAGUCUAGUCGUUCGUAGUAGCGUCGAGCAUAAAUCAUUUUUCGGUUUUUAAGAUGGACAAUAUAUCGAUGUUUCAAGGUCUA